GCCCACUUGAUCCGGUUGCAUCACAUUUCACUCCACGUUACAAACGUGGAUAAAAUAGCGUAUGAACUUGUUUCUAAAUUUAAGUUUAAUUUAUUUGUUGCGAGGCUGACGGAGAAGUCAAAACAGUUGGCUUUCAGGAAAGGAGCGGCAGUUUUCGUCGUCAAUGAAAGACCAAACCUGUCCCCUCUUCAAUUGAAUGGAGAAACGCUAUCGAGCAAGAGAGGGAAUUCUCCUUCAGAAUCGGAACCGGGAUGGACUGACAACAUUCAAACCGGGGAAAAGAACGACAAGGAUUCGACAUGUCUCUACGAUGUCCACCCAAACUAUUCCGUUGAUACCGCGUCUAACGUCUGUUUCGAAGUAGAGGAUGUGGAGAGGUCAUUCAAGUCCCUUCGCAACCUUGGCUGCGAUUUCCUGGUGCCCCCUACAGAGGUGUGUGACGAGAAGGGGCUUGUCACCUACUCUGUCGUCAAGUCAAUCAUGGGAAAUGUGAACCACACGCUCAUUGACACGAGUAAAUACAAGGGGGACUUCUUACCCGGCUUUCAGGAGGUUGAAAACGUGACGGACAAUUGCACACCCAUGGCUAAGAGUACAGACUCUUGUCCAAUCACUCACUUUGAUCACAUCACCUACGCUUGCCCAAGACGGUGCACAUCUCAAGUGAUGAGGUGGUAUGAGAGGUACUUUGGCUUUCAGAGGUUCUUCAUUGACAGGUUAAGUGGGCCUUUUUUUUUAUGGUUCUACAAUUGAAAAUUAUGAAUUGUUAGAUGAUUAUUGAUCAUGCAUCUCAAUACAAUCUGAUGCAGUGAAUGUGCUCCGAAUGUACUGUAAGUUAUUGUGAGUAUAGAACGGUUGUUUGGGUUGGGCACCAGACCUGUUAGUUCUGCGAUGCCACUCCGUGUGUCAUAAAGCCAAACAUAUGACAAGGAGUGGAAUGAUGGCACAAACCGGUUUGGUGCCCAGGCUACGCUAUAAGGAUAAACCGUAGAAUUAGGCAUUUUAAUACUAAUUUAAUAGGAUUUCUAUGGGAUCAACAAUGAAGAAAAAUAGAUGCUCUUUCUGUAAGGGUUGUUGUUUUGUCUGUUUACAAAUGUCCCACCUGGGACAAUAAAGAAAUUGAUUACCUAAUCUGUUUCCCUGAGCAGGAAUGAGGAUGUGGACGAGGGCUAUGUUCUGAACCAGGAGGGCAUUGGACUGCGUCUCACAGCCAUGGAGUACUGGAAAUGCAGUGAAACAGGAAUCAAGCUUCCCUUCACAGAUAAGAAAGAACCGGACUGCAAGUUUGUCAUUGCAGAGUCGCUGCCUGAACAAGGUCAUUACCUUCAAAGGGUUAUACCGCUCAUGGCUAUUAUAUGUCUUUCCACGGUUCCUCAAAUCCUCUCUUUGCCUUCACUAACCUGUUUUGAAAGAGAAGGUCAAAGGUCCCUCCCCUCUUCUUUAACGGGGUUUGAGGAGGUUAGGAGUAGAGGUUGACAUGGGAGUGAAAAUUCAUUCCUGUCAUGUCACUGUUCCCCGGGCGCCAAUGACAAAUAGUUCGAUAACACCUGAGCGGCAAGUACAGCGCAAGUCAAUCGAUUUUUAUUUCACUCUUCACCUCAGACGGCGCGGGUUUAGUUAAAUACGCCAACAAUUGGGCUCGACGGGAAAGUUGUUGGGAGUAGAGCAGCUGUGCCGAUUUCAAGCCGCUUGUCCCGGUCUCCGUGUAACAGUGUUGCUUCCGUCCCUCUCCUCGCCCCUACCUGGGCUUGAACCAGGGACCCUCUGCACACAUCGACAACAGUCACCCUCGAAGCACCGUUACCCGUCGCUCCACAAAAGCCGCGGCCCCCCUUGCAGAGCAAAGGGAAACAACUACUUCCAAGGUCUCAGAGCGAGUGACGUCACCGAUUGAAACGCUUAAACAUCGCUCUUUCCUUGGAUUUAAUGUUAGUGAUGGGUCAUUGGCUGCAACAAGACGUUGCAAUUCCUCUAUUGAAGGCUUCAUCUUUUAGCCUACUAAUGUAGGUAGCCCAGAGACUGGCUACAACUGGUGCGAGAGUGAGACGAUGGGGGAGGGGGGAAAUUACCAUUCAUUCUUUUUAAAAAUAAUGUUUGUUGUUGUUUUGAUUAAAUGCCCCAAAAAACAAAGUUCAUAACUAUUCCUGUACUGCCGGUUCCUGUAGACUGUUGAUCCUGUCCCAAACAUCAUUCUAGAACAUCACUCCCAUUCCUGCCAGAAUCCCGCGGGACCCGCAACACCCCCGCUGGAGUCCUGGACCCGCAACACCCCCGCUGGAGUCCUGGACCCGCAACACCCCCCGCUGGAGUCCUGGACCCGCAACACCCCCGCUGGAGUCCUGGACCCGCAACACCCCCCGCUGGAGUCCUGGACCCGCAACACCCCCGCUGGAGUCCUGUUCUCAUGUCAACCUCUAGUUAGGAGAGAUGCUGUGAGGAAUCGAUGGAUGGACAGAAAGAGCCUAUGCAUUUACCCAUGACCAAUAUAUUUGUUUUAUUCUAAUGAAUUACCACCUGCCAAGACCUGAAUCAUGUCUAUCUCUGUCUGUGUGUCUGAAUGGUGUCUGUUUCAGGCAGGAACCAGGUGGAUACCUUCCUGGAGCAGCACAGAGGACCAGGGAUCCAGCACAUUGGCUUGUACACACAGGACAUAGUGUCCACAGCACAGACCCUGGGUCAGGCGGGAGUCCACUUCUUCUCUCCUCCGCCUGCCUACUACACGGAGGUUUGUCUCACUCGGUCACCAUAGCGCUCACUCACUCAAUGGCUCAUCCCAAAUGGACCCCUAGACCCUAUGCACUUGUGAAGAUCUGAGAGGAUUCGAUUGGUAGAAGCAAUAUGGUGAAAACUUCCACCUAGCCUAUCAAGAGGGCAAGGUGGAGCUAUUACCAGAUUGAUUGCACCUAAUAAUUAUAAAUCAUUUAUUAAACUUUUUUAUAGCGCUUUUCAUAAUAGAAAUCUCCCUCACUCACUCAUGUCACACUGAAUCAUGUCACUCUGUCACUCUGUCACUCUGUCAAUCAUGUCACUCUGUCAAUCAUGUCACUCUGUCACUCUGUCACUCUGUCACUCUGUCACUCUGUCACUUGUGACUGAAACGCCUGUGUGAGAUGACCCAUGCAGUACAUUUUUAUCAUUCAAAUGCAUGAACCCAAACAGCCAUCUGUAGCCCUACGUGUAUCUACUGUUAGUUGUUUUGUGUAAGUAGGAAGUUGUAGCACGUUUCAACACUAUUAGUAUGUUGUUGUUGUUGGAGUUCCUCCCGACUACAUUGCAGACGCAUGCCAGUAAGGGUCGGCGUGAGGUGUGACCCAGGUGCAGUGCAGGAUAGACAGUAGGCAGAGAUGGUGAAACAAGGAUCUUUACUGGUGGUCCCAAAGCCAGGGUACAAAAUAACGGACUUGUCACCAUUAAAAUAAAGGAGGAGCAAAUUGGUCUCCAAAAACAGGCCGACGGCAAACGUACGAAAUACUAACUACGACUGACAACGACAAUGAAAACAGGGAGAACACUUCUCAAGUACCUGUACAUACGUCUCGCGAUCAGACACUGAUUAGUGCUGUUUUGGCAUCGAGAAACUAGCAGAGAAAACUGAGCAAGGGAACACAGGGAAGUGAGGGCGUAAAUACACAGGUGAACAGGUAGACACAGGUGAACAGGUAGACACAGGUGAACAGGUAGACACAGGUGAACAGGUAGACACAGGUGAACAGGUAGACACAGGUGAACAGGUAGACACAGGUGAACAGGUAGGCACAGGUGAACAGGUAGACACAGGUGAACAGGUAGACACAGGUGAACAGGUAGACACAGGUGAACAGGGAGACACAGGUGAACAGGGAGACACAGGUGAACAGGUAGACACAGGUGAACAGGUAGACACAGGUGAACAGGUAGACACAGGUGAACAGGGAGACACAGGUGAACAGGGAGACACAGGUGAACAGGGAGACACAGGUGAACAGGUAGACACAGGUGAACAGGUAGACACAGGUGAACAGGUAGACACAGGUGAACAGGUAGACACAGGUGACACCAACAGGAUGAUGAUUAGUCCAGGCUGUGAGUGAGGAGGUGCCUAAGGUUGUCGGAGGAUGACACCUAGUGGGUCGCUCCGGAACUGCGACCCCCCCCUCCUGUAACACAUGCCAGAUCUUACAGCACCUUGAUAGGUAUUUAACAUAUCAGCUAAACCACAUCAUAUGACGUAGCCAUCUGACGCCCGACUGCACAAUGGAUGACGUGGCACGCGACCAUUGGUUGAUGCAACGCCUGCGCAUCCUAGUCGGGCAGGAAGUCAAGCGUUAUGUCUACUACCACUGUGCUCAUUGACCCCUGUGUCUGUCCUAUGGCAGGUGGGUAAGCAGCGGGAGAUGGAGGACGCAGGUUACGACCCCCGGAUGCUGUCUCAGCAUGGCAUCCUCCUGGACACCGACCAGCGCCAGGCCCAGACUGACGCCUCCUGUCAGACGACAGACACGCAGAGGAAAAGGUACCAGAUUCACUAGCUAGCCUAGAGGUGUCAAAUGCUAGUGUGCCUCAUGGACUGUCAUGGUUUUCAAUAUAGUACUUUAUUUCACCUCUGAUGAGACCGCAGUAUGUCUACUGCUCUGCUUCAACACAACACACAGAGUAUAGAGACCAAUCAUUAGUCUCAAAACUACACCAACAUCUCCUUUUUGAAAUAUGUUCUAUUGAUGAUCAAAUUCUUGGGUCUCGGUGAGACUAUGGUGCCAUUACCUUCAAGGAAGUGAAACACCCAGCGUCCUUUUUAACGACUGACUGAGGUCGAGGCUACCCAAUAUAUCUAACCUAUGUUUUCCUCUCUUCUCAUUCCCUCUAAACAGAUACCUGCUCCAGGUGUUCACCAAGCCCAUCUUCUCAGAGGACACCUUCUUCCUGGAGCUAAUAGAGAGGAGAGGGGCGUCGGGGUUCGGAGAGGGGAACAUCCGAGCCCUGUGGAGGUCUGUCCAGGCAUACAUGGACACAGAGAGGGCAGAGACUGAGGCACAAGGAGAGAACAGAACCGAACCACAGAACACAACCCCAGAACUGAACCACAGAAUACAACCCCAGAAC